AUGACCGGUCGCGGUCAAGCUGCUGCUCCUCCUACAAGGCCAGUCACGCCUAUAGACCAGACACUUACAAGUCGUCCUGUCCCACGACGCCGUAAUUACAUUCCACAAUCUUUCGGGCCUGGCGCCGCCAGCGACAUUCACAGUCGUGUCAAUUCUAUUGGCGACCUUAUAGCUUCAGCAGAUGAGGCAACUUACAUACCUACACGUGCUCACGGUACAAUUGUGAAUAGCUACCGGCCGAACGGCGACGAUGUGCGUCGUCUUCUCAAAGACUGCGCGCGCUGGGAAUCGUUGAGCUUUCGUUCUGACGAGAAAAUGCCACUUCCCGAUCCUACUUGGGGAUUUACGGUUUUUGUCACUGCAUAUGAUCAUUUGUCUAGAGCCCAUCUACCGCAAGCCAUGCAGAAUUGGAUUCGCGUACAAGAGCGCAAGCUCGAGAAUAGUUACACAUUGCCAGCAUUCGCGGCGGAGGCAUGGAAACGUUUCAAACUGGACAUCAUCGAAGAUCAAGAAACGCUCGAUGGAGCUUCGGAUGAUCGUGUUCGUGCCGAGUUUCGCGCGCUUGUGCGCAACAAGGAACUAUCGGACGAUGAGGAGCAGUUUAUCNCCCCAGCACGCAACCUGGCAUGUCUGGUCCUCGAUGCAGCUGCCAUCAUAAUGUUGGCUGAACUCAGGUUUCCCGGAGAACUUGAACAUGAUCGAGCAGCUUUUGAAGACAAGAAAAUCAAAGUGAUUGAUAUUCAAUGGAACAGACCGCAGAGCACAUCAAGCAGCUACAGGGGAAUAGGACAGUUACGUAUUGAUGCUCUCGCUCGUUUCUAUCAUCUUCUCACAGAUGGUCCGGACUGCGGGUAUAUGGAAGGAAUGCAUCCUCUCGACGGAGCUCCAUAG